AUGGCGGCAUUCGGUGUCUGGUUCAAUGAUUGCACUGCGCGAUUACCGGUGAGGAAUCGUCCAGGACCAAGCGAGGAAAGCCAAGAGCCUGAUGGGAGACCAACGUAUCCUAUUCGACAACAACACAAUACCCUCGACCUGUCCGAAUGGCAAUCCAUUGCUCAACCGCCAUCACUCGAGGGAGGGCCUUGGCCCCCUCGUUCCAUCGAUCGUCUGUGCAAGGAAUAUGACACCAACCAGAGCCGUUGCUUGGGCUGUGGGAUGUAUACACCCUGCCCCUGCGACAUCAACUCAUGGCGACUGUACAACAGUUAUAUUUUCACAUCGAUAUUGUGCCAAGAGCACAUCAGCGAGAUGAUCCUCUGUCAACCCCACGAUAGUAGAUCCUGGGUUGAACGGCCAAUUCUUUACAUCUAUAACAUGUAUCACCAAGGCAUUCCCCACCCAAGCCUCUUCACAUGGCAACACAUCCGAGAAGGCCAGAUCAUCGGGGAGAUAACAGGACAGCUUCGUCCGGCGCACUUGCUCGAGAAUUCCAACCCCGACAACAAAUACGAAGUGUGGCCAUGGUUCCUUGGGUCUCGAGAGUGGGCAAAUCAGCACCCUGAAGUUUCUCACGACGCCGUCAUCGACAGCACGAAAGCAGGCAGUCUGAUGAAGUUCCUGAAUCACUCGUGCUCUGAGAACUGCACAGUGUUUUGGGGUCGAGUCGGAAAAACAAGAGGCUUGUUUGUGAAGGCACGCAUGGAUAUCCUUCCCCGGAGCGAACUGACAAUCUGGGAUCAACGUUGUGCACAGAGUUUGGAUGUGUGCUGCAGGAGUCAGAUAUGUUCAUGUGCUGUUCGAAUUCAGAGGAACGACAACGUAGUCACAGUUACCGAUCCGGCGGAGGAGGAGCGCCUGGCGCAUGAGGCGGAGGUGCAGCGAGAAGCUGCGGUGACGCAGAGAUUACGCGAGGCAGAGGAGCAGCGCCUGGCAUACGUGGCCGCUUUGGAGACGCUGAUACCCGCAUUUAUCCAGCAGGAAUAUCAGUACAUGUCUUCUAGUGGACAGCAACUUGUAUCUCGUGGCGGGCAUCAGUUCAUGCCUCCCUGGGAGCAACGAUUCAUAUCUACCUGGGAGCAACAGCUCAUACCCCCUGGGAUGGAUGAUUCGACAACUCCUGGAUCGCUUGAACUCACAACACCUGGGACCAAUGAGUUCGUCGCGCCAAGUUACGCAAUAAAUGGCAUGUUGCCAGAGUAUGGACCGCUGCCACCCAACCCAUUCGGAGAUGAACUACAGACCACGCAUGGAGCAAAUGAGAGGACGUGGGGGCUCGGCUGGACGUAUUGA